GUUUCAAGUGUUCUCAUUUCUUUCAUUCUUUGUUCCUUUACCAAAACCUCGGAAGAACCCUCGUCAUUUCUCACUCUCAAUCUUAGCUCUCCCCAGAUUUUCAAAUCCAUGAAGUUCCUGCGUUGUAUCUCUGCCAAUCGCCAGCCACUGCUCGCAGCACUUGGCCGUCGUCAGUUUGCCGUUUCCGCCGACGAUUAUGCCAAGAGAAACUACGCCAACAAUGUGUCUGAAUACAAUACCGUCAUUGGAUCUCUCACUUCUCAAAGAAGGAUUUACUUGUUGAGGGAUGUAUAUGAUGAUAUGAUGUUGGAUGGAGUGAAACCAGAGAAAGAUACAUUUCGCGCGCUGAUCGCUGGUAGCAUGAAAGGCGUCCGUCUACAGGACUGUUUCUUCUUCCGUGAUCAAAUGAAAUCCAUGGGUUUGAUUCCUGAUGUUGUUUUGUACAACUUCAUGAUCUCAACAUGUGGGAAGUGUAAGAACUCCACUGAAGCAACACGGAUCUUUGAAGAAAUGAAAAAGCUUGAAGUAAAACCUACUGGACAAACAUUCAUCUGUCUAAUCAAUGCAUGUGCAGCCACUGGCAGAGUAGAUCAAGUAUAUGCAAUUAUUCGUGAUAUGACUGCUGCUGGACUUGGUUUAAACAAAUUCUGCUAUGCGGGACUUAUAGCUGCACAUAAGAACAAGACUCCAUUAGCCAAAGACACAUCUGCUAAAAUCUUGGAGCUUGUUGAGCAAUCCAAAGGGUGGUCUUCACUAGAACAGACUAGGGACAGUGCUGAAAAUGUGAUGAUGGGGAUUUCUGAGGAAGAGUUAUAUGAUAUCCCUACUGCUAAUUAUAUUCACAGGAGGGGCGGUUUCGUCCAAAGGUUUUUCACAGUUUAUCAUGUUGCUUUCCAUGCUUGUGCAGAUCUUAAAGAUGUUGAGGCAGUGGAUGCUCUUCAGGAGAUGCUUAAGAAAGAUAACAAAAACCCUGAUGUUUUCAUACUGAUUCAAAUCAUGAGGUGUUAUCUGAGUUGUGGAGAUAUCGAUCGUGGGGUCAAAGCUUUUGAAGACUACAUGAGCUCAAACAAUCCACCUGUACCAGAGCUUUAUGCUACACUUAUAGAGGGAGCCAUGACUGGUUACACACCCAAGGGUAUGCAAGUUGCUUUGGAGAAGCUGACGGAAAUGACUUCUAGGGGUAUUAAUUUGGUCCCAUCAACGGGAAAUGCUCUUCUUCUUGCAGCAGCUGGUGAAAAGAGUGGAGGAUAUACGAUUGCUAAUAUGGUAUGGGAUCUGAUGCAAGCUCGUAAUAUAACUCCAUCACUUCCUGCUGUUCAAGCAUAUUACAGUGGUUUAAAGGAUCGGGAGAUACCCGCGGAUGAUCCAAGAUUGGUGUUGGUGUCUCGUACUGUUGACAAUUUGCGGUUUCUAUCAUUUGGUUCCAUUGCCGGGAAACUUCUUGAAGACAUGGUUCAAACCCGGAGCAAUUCAGAAGAGGGAAAUCAGCCACCAGAUCCUGUAGCAGUGCAACUAACCGCAAUUGCUAAGAAGUUGGAAUCUAUAGAUUCGUUGCAGAGGGAGGUAGCAGCCCUCAAAUCUCAAUCGCACAAUAGAGAAAGAUGGGGUAAUGGAAGACAUGAUGAGGGAGAAUCAUCUGGGCAUAAUCAAAGGCACCGACCCCACAACAAAAUUGUUUUUCCUACCUUUAGUGAAGGCGAUCCACGGGGUUGGAUUCUUAAAGCAGAAAAAUACUUCCGCUAUUAUGACAUUCCAAAUGAAGAAAAGGUGGAUGUAGCAUCGAUGCAUUUGGAGGGUGAUGCAUUGGAUUUUUAUUCUUGGAUAUCUACUGAUCAAUCGGUUGAUUUUUGGGAGGAUUUUGUUCGAGCCUUGCAAAGAAAUUUUGGACCCACUGAGUUCCAGAAUCCGGACGAAUUCUUGUGUAGUGUUAAACAAACAGGAACGGUACAAGAAUACCGACAAGAGUUUGCCAAACGAUCCUCACGAGUGUCUAAUUGGCCGGAACAUUGUCUUUUAGGAGUGUUCCUUAAUGGCCUCAAAGAAGAAUUGAAGGCGGAUGUACGAAUACAGAAACCACGAACAGUAUACAAAGCGGUAAGUAUCGCUUUAGAAUUUGAAUCUAAACUCAGCCAUACCCGAUUUGGGAGGGGAUCUACUUGGACAACACCAUCAAAAGCAUAUCAAAAUGAGCAAUCUCGAUUUCUUAAAGGGGAAUGUUUUCGGUGUGGUGAGAAGUAUGGACCAGGUCAUCGAUGUAAAACAGGAACUCUCAAGGUGCUGGAAGUGGAAGAAAAGCUUGAAGAGCAGUCUCCUAAUGAAACUGAAGAGAUGGCUGAAGAUAUGAAUGAUGUGGCGGAAAUUAGUUUACAUGCCAUUCUUGGAAAACCCCAUCCCAGAACUAUGAAGGUUCAAGGUAUGCUCCAAUCUACAGAAGUAAUUAUUUUAAUUGACGGGGGAUCUACACAUAAUUUCAUCUCAGAUGUACUGGUUAAGGAAUUGAGACUUAAUACUCGAUCAGUGGCACCGUUUGGUGUUCAGAUUGGAAAUGGUGAUUUCAUCAGAUGUGGUCACAUGUGUAAAAAUCUUCCAAUACAAAUCAAUGAUCUCAAAGUUGUCCAGGACUUCUAUCCUUUUUCGAUUGGUGGAGCAGAUGUGGUUUUGGGUAUUCAAUGGUUGGAGACAUUAAAUACAGUCCAAGCAAAUUGGAAAGAGAUGUUUAUGAUAUUUAAGGUAGAUGGCAAAACUUAUAAGUUGCAGGGAAUUACUACGGGCUCACAAAAAUCUUCUAGUUUUCAAUACCUGGCUGUUGAACCGGUUACUCCACCAGAAAUUCCCAAAGUGCUUCAAUCAGUGACAAGCUGUUAUGAUCAGGGCUGGAAAAGAGAACAAGGGAGCGGAUGCACUCUCUCGACGACCCCAUUCAGGUGA